AAGACGAAAGGUUAUGACAUCUUAAAACAUUAAUUUUUAAUUAAGCAUACAAUUGAGUAAAUGUAAAUAUAUGUGAUGACAUGUCAUAUUCUACAUGUAUUGUUGAUAUCAUUUACAAGGACUGACAAUCGAUUACUAGAAUGGCAUUAGUGAUGUCACUCGGGUUUAAAUCAAAGUGUGCCUUUUACCAAAGUACUGCAGACCGCGAAAUAAGAAACUAUUUCUGUAAGUUGACAACAGCUGAUAUAUAUGUGCGACUGUUCGGUUUAAAUAGAAACUUACAUGUAAGAUAACAUAUUUUAUAAAUAUUUUGGUUUUUUUUUUUUUUUUAGAAUUUCGUUAAUACACAAGUUUCUAAGAAAUAUUCCUAAAUAUAAAAUGCUUUUAACAUCACAAUGAGGGUGAAUACUGCAUUGUUUCGGAAAAAGCCAUAAGGCAAAAUCCGGAAAAAUUCACAGAUACGAUUUUAACAUUCACAGUUUGAUGACGUGGGAGUAGACAUGAAGCGAGGUAUAUAGCGGAUUCACACCUGGGUAUGGUACACAAAAACUAAAUCAUGGCAGAAAGAUCUAUGUUUUCCAAAGAAGAGAGAAAUUUUUGGAUCCUAGAUGUUUUGAUUAAACACGUUGCUCCUCCGGCAGUGAGGAAGCAGUUUGACGUUAUUGUGCCACCAAAUGAUCUAGCCAACGUACUAAACAAUAACGCCAAGAUACUUCAAAUGCUUUUCAGUAAGAAAGUUAUCAAUGUUUAUCAACAAGACGUACUCCUUCGCGUUCCAGGCGUGAAAAUACCAACAAUAUCUGCAGUAUCUACCUCUGGAAAGAAAGCUGCUUCUUCGGAAGACUUUGAUCUAACCUUGAUGAUUUGCCUUCUUCGAAAUCUAAACCUUGUAUCCGAACCUGCCACCGGAUGGGACCAAGUUCCACCUCACAGCGAUAAUUCCCUGGGUGCGAAUAUGACCAGAAUCAAAGUGUACAGAAACAAGUUAGCUCAUCCAUCAAAGAAUCGAAUGAGAGAUCAUUCAUUUAAAAAGAUAUGGGCUUCAUUAAAAAAGGCUUUGAGCGAGAUUAGUGAAGGCGAAACUGAUGAGAAGGUACGUGAGAUAGAAACAUUUGACUUUGAUGGAUCCAACAGAGAACAGCUUCUAUGUAAAAUACAACAGGGUUUACAUGAAAUGCAGAAUGAGUUGCAAUUCCAUCGUAAUCUGAAAGAAAAUACGACAAACGUGUUAAAAGAAUGGAAGUCUGAAUUGGAGGUUUUCUACAGAACUAGGGGAACAGCGGAAGUGUUAGAGAGAAUUCGGACUAACAACACCGUAAUGAUAAUUGGAAACUCUGGUGCUGGAAAAUCAACAACAAUGAAGUAUGUAUCCCUUCUACUCGAAGAAGAAGGGUAUGAAAUAAUCCCGGUAAGCUCAGCCAAUGAUAUACCAUUUCAGAGAUUCAGUGACCGAAGACAAAUAUUUGUUAUUGAUGAUAUAUUUGGUAAAUAUCGAGUGGACAGUGUGAUAUUUGAGACGUGGAGAAGAUUGAAUGACCGUCUCAAGGUCAUAUUUAGGGACAAAAACGCCAAGCUGCUGUGUACUUUGCGACGACAGUUGCAAAACGAUAUCAGUCAUUUUUUAUAUGAAACAAUUUUUGAUACAACUGUUGUUGAUCUUGACUCUUCUGAUUUAACCUUGUCUGAAAUCGAAAAGAAGGGAAUGUUUGAAAAGCACUUGUUACAUCAAAACAUAAAGAUGCAAUUUGAUGAAGUUUCACUCCGAAAAAUAUGUAGCUGUAAAUAUGCAUUUCCAUUAAUGUGUAGAUUGUAUUCCUCAAAUUCUGAUUUCUUAAAGAGAAAGGCGAACUUUUUUUCUUCACCAUCAGAAAUCCUUAAAGAAGAGUUUUAUCACUUACAGAAAGAGAAUAAUGAGGUAUAUUGUGUUUUGGUGCUGGUCGUAAUUUUUCAUCCUGAAGAACUCAAAAACAUUUUUGAUAUAACUUGUGAAAUCAAUAGAAAAGAUGAUUAUAGCUUGGUAUUAGAAGCGUGUGGUGUAGGAGAAUUCAUCUCAAGGACAAGUCUCUAUAACCAGUUGCUUUCUUUGACUGGUGUUUUUGUUGGAUUAGAUAAUCCUUUCACAUUCAUUCAUGAUAAUAUUGAAGAUACUGUUGCUUUCCAUUUUGGCUCCUGUUUUCCAAAGGUAAUGUUUCAGUGCUGUAAAAGAACAUUUUUAAGAGAACGGAUUCGAAUUACACGACAUGAAAUAGACGAUGAAAAUGUUUUAGUUAUCAAACGUUCAUCCUAUGACGACCUAUCGCAGAGACUUUUAAAGGAGAUUAUCAAUGGGAAAUUUCAUGAUAUUCUUUUGAGCGAGCCAUUGCAAAACAGAGGUUUUGUACAUUAUUUUGUGUCCCACAUUGAAAAGAAUGGAAUAUCUCUGAAUCAUUUGGAAUCCAUACUCUGUACAGAGAUGCUAUUACCGUCAUAUCUACAAGUUGGGAAGAACUUGAGGGAUAUCACAAACAUAAACAGAGAGGCGUUGACAGAAAUUCUGCAGAGCAGCAAAUGUCGGUUCAUCUACUGGGUAGCUGCGACAGGCAGUCAUUUGCUGUUUCAUCACAUUUUUGAAAGACAAAAGGGUAUUGCUCGAGAAUUGUACGAAAGUUAUACUUUGAUUAAUGAUCUCUUACAUAUAGCAGUACUAGGUGGAAGUAUAGAUAUCAUAAAAUCACUUAUAGAAAGGGGAGCUAAUGUCAAUUCUUUUGACAAAUAUGGCACCCCAUUGCUGUGUAAAAUUGCGGGAACGAAACGAUGUGACAUUGCGAAACUAUUAUUAGAAGAAGGUGUUUAUAUAAAUCAAGUAGAUGAGGUUCUAGGAUGGACUGCUUGUCAUGUAGCUUCCUGGUUUAACCAUGUUGAAAUGUUAAAAUUGCUUUUGAGUAGAGGAGCUACUGUUAAUGAAUUUGAUUUUAAAUCCCGGGUGCCUUUGGUUCUAGCAGUGCAGAAGAACAAUGAACAAUCCGUGUCAGUUUUGUUGAGCUAUGGUGCUUAUGCUCCUGAUGAAUAUCUCAUCUUUGCUACACCAUUCACAUCCGAUGAUCUUUUGGGAGAAGCUUUACACAAUAAAAAUUCUGAAAUAAUUCAAAUGCUCUUAAACUCCGGUAAGGUGGUAAAUUCUAUCGGCGUAUCAUUCCCUUUGUCAUUUUUAGAGAAGGGUGUGGUGAAGGAGAGGUUGGCAUUGUUUCUGAAAUCAAUUACCGGUAGAGCAAAUAACUCCAGGGCACGUCUUUGGGGUGAUUUUGUUAACGUGUGUGAUGCUAUUUGCAAAAAUGAUAUACAUAUGAUUCAUAAGAUAUUCAACAAAAUCAAAAAAAUGAAUAGGUAUUCCGCUGUCAGAGGUAUACACGUUAAUGACAAAAGAGAGGUUUCGCUAGCAAACUUCCAUCAAAAUUAUUUGCUAUUUACUCCACUUCAUAUCUCAGCUGUAUGUGAUAAUUUCAUCGCAGCGAAGGCUUUGAUGAGUUACGGUGCAAAUCCAUUUCAAAAAGAUGCCCAUGGCAGAACUGCGCUUCACUUCGCAAAUAGUAGGGCUAUGAUUAAAGUUCUUUUGUCCACAAGAACAACGACCACUCUGACAAACAUGUCAUCACAGUCCGUAUUACAAAAUGUAAUAACAUAUAUCAUUGCUUUCAAAUUUGUUCCAAUGAUAUUUAGCAGUUUUAUGAAUACGAAUGUGAAUAUCAAAGACAAAGUUGGAAACACACCACUGCAUUCCAUUGUUGUAAGGUCAACGAAUGUCACGAAAUGUCUUGAUGCUGUGGAAACAUUGAUAGAACACGGUGCCAAUCCAUGCAUACGAUGUAGACGAGGAAAUUUACCAAUCGAUCAUUUUAGAACUGUUUCACCAUUGUUAGAGGAAUGUGAUAUUGAGAGGGGGGAACGAAUCUUGGGAUGUAAUAAAACAAAAAGUUACAUAAAAAAAGAAAAAUGUUAUUCUAUCUGUUGGACAUUUCUUUCUGUGGCCUGCUAUUUAUGGUUGUCUUUCUUUGGUGCAAAAAGGGUGUGCUAUGGACGUGGAUCUGGAAUAUCUGCAAAUGAUUCGAGAGAAUCUGGGCUAUUUCAAUUUCGCUACAUGUUCUAUUCGCAAGUAAUCUUUCUUAUUAUUCUGCAUCUUAUAUAUCUUCCAUCUGAAAUUAUGAUUCAGUCUUUGUUUGUUAGAAUGGGGAGCAUGCCUAUAAGAAGUGACAUAUAUUCCAAAAAACAAUUGUUAAGUAUCUCGUCGAACAUAGCCAUUGCCAUGGUCACAAUCAGAGUAUUAUUCUAUCACGGUAUAUCCAGUAACACAGGGCAAACAGUUUUCAAUCUGUAUUGUGUAUGGGUUUGUACUAUGUUACUAGUCAUUUAUUUUCCAUUUCCAGUUAUCCGCAAACAUCAGUCUUUACUGUUAACGGUUUUCAAGGUCACAUUGGUAAGUUUUCUUAUGGGAAUGAUUCUUGCACCUUUUCUUAGUUCAUCCAUAGAGAGCAAAAGUACAUGCAAUCUUGACCACCAGCAUUGGAGCUUCAUUGACUUUUACCGAUUUCUGAUCGCCAAAAUAUUUGUUUCCUUUUUCUGUAUAUUUUUAUUUAUUUCUAAAUUAGCAAAUCAAUUGUUUCAUAGUUUGUUGGAGCCAGUAUAUUGGUAUAGACACGUAUGCUGUUUUUUAUUAUACAGGUGGAUUCUCCUAUUUUUCAUAAUUGAGAUAUUGACUUUACCUGUCACAAUAGUUAUAUGCAACAUAGAAAAUUGCUAAAUGUACUUUAGUGUAUUUCUUAUUCAGCUUCAUACGCACUGGCAUGGACACUUUCUUUAAAUAAUGUACGUAUAAUUAAAAGAAAACUUAUCAUCAAUUAGUCUCAUAAGAUUAGUUUAAUCGGACUAUAUGUUAUCGCAAGUUAAUGUCGACAUCAGUAUUUGAGUUAUUUGUGAUGUAUUCACAUUACAUGACAAUUGUAUAACCUUGUACAUGUGAGUGAUUAUUGAAAUAAAAAUAACAUUAUCUAUG